AUGAUUGGUGUCGGCUGCAAAAGAUGGAGACUUCGUUUGGAUGCCGCCGUAGAGAUGUGUUCUUCUCGUCUUGAAGUUGUAGAUGCCGGAAAACUUCGUUUGAACGAUUGGUGUUGUUGUCACCGUGGAAUGAAGGUAAAGGCUGAUAGAGAUGAGUCGUCCCCAUAUGCAGCUAUGCAGUGUGGAAUGAAAGUAAAGACUGAUAGAGAUGAGUCGUCUCCAUAUGCAGCUAUGCUUGCUGCACAAGAUGUUUCAACAAGAUGCAAGGAGCUUGGAAUCAAUGCCCUCCACAUAAAACUACGAGCAAUUGGAGGUAACAAGACAAAGACACCCGGUCCAGGUGCACAAUCUGCCCUCCGAGCUCUUGCCCGUUCUGGCAUGAAAAUUGGUCGUAUUGAGGACGUGGCACCAAUUCCAACAGAUAGCACUCCUCGAAAGAGUGGGAGAAGAGGAAGGAGGCUGUGAUAUGUUUUUUGUCUACAG